UAUGCAGAAUGAAAGUUCAUGCUUGAAAAUUGAAAGAGCAAAGAAGAGCACAGAAGAGCAAGAAGAACACGAUGGGUUUGAUGGUGUUGGAAGCUAUGCUCCCUCUGGGAAUCAUUGCAGGAAUGCUCUGUGUCGCGGGAAACGUUCAGUAUUACAUUCACAAAGCUGCUCAUGGCCGACCUAAGCACAUCGGGAAUGAUAUGUGGGAUGUCGCCAUGGAACGAAGGGACAAGAAGAUCGUGGACCAAGCUUUUGCUCCUUCUCCUUCGAAUUAACAAGGUUGUUUUAUCAAUGUGCUUGUGAAGGGAAUAAAUUGCUUAUCCGGUGCUCUUCAGCUGUUCCAAGGAAGCAGAGUGGAUCACUACAAUUAAAUUUGCACUCUUGUAUGAAAUUUAACAUAAUAUACAUAUCAAUUGCCUUCUCUUAGUUGAGCAUGGUGAAAUAGAUUUGUGAUUACUUUGUGGGGCUUUGAAAUAUUUGUUGCCUUUUAAGUGGAGCAUUUUCUUAGUUCAAUAUAAAUCUUGAUGUUGCUGGUUGAUGAUAUAAAA